AGGAAACACGCAAGCAUCCAAUCAGAAAGCAAGGGGUACCACGACUUCCUGUUUAGGAUUAGGAAAAGAUCGCACUGUAAAUAGAUACAGUGAAUGACAACAUCACAUCAUCAUGGUUUCACUGUCUAUUGAACUACUGCUGAAUGAAUCGGCGUGAAGAACCAACACUGGCACACGGUUUAUGAUCGUCAGCACACGGCCCAGCCAUGCCUCCCUCCCUGCUGUGGGCGGUGGACGUGUACGGGCGUGUGUACAGCUUGUCUACAGGCGGGCAGCAGUGGGAGCAAUGCCGGGAUGCCCAGCUGGAGUUUAAGAGGGUGACAGCAGUGCAGCAGUGCUGCUGGGGCAUCGCCUGCGACCACCACAUCUACCUGAACGUCCACGCCAGCGACCUACCCAUUCGCUAUCAGGAAGACACCUACGAAAACCAACGAUGGAAUCCUGUGGAUGGAUUCUCUGACCGCCUGUUGCCAAGUGACCGCUGGCAGUGGAGUGAUGUCACAGGUCUUGAGAACCAACCGCUGGACAGCUUCAAGCUCCCAUCGGCCAACUGGGAAUGGGAAGGUGAUUGGUACAUUGACGAGAACUUUGGAGGAGAGCCCACCGAGAAAGUGGGUUGGACCUAUGCCAUGGACUUCCCUGCCACCUACACCAACGAUAAGAAGUGGAACUCAUGUGUCCGUCGCAGGCGAUGGAUUCGCUACCGGAGGUACAAGUCCAGGGACGGCUGGGCCAAGAUACCUUCACAGUCAUUCCAGCUGCCAGACCCCUUUAAUGACAUCAGCUGUGGGGGAUGGGAGAUCAGCGAGGAGCCCAGAGGAAGACUGUCUCUGUGGGCUGUCUCUCUGCAGGGCAAGGUGUGGUUCCGGGAGGGGAUUCAGCACCACAGCCCUGAGGGCACCAGCUGGGAGGAGGUUACUCUCCCUGGGGAGGUGGUCCAGAUCAGCUGUGGGCCUAUAGACCUGGUGUGGGCCGUGCUCUGGGAAGGACAGCUACUGGUCAGGGAGGGCAUCACCAGAGACUGCCCCCAAGGUUCCUCCUGGGUGGUAGUAGACUCCCCCAGUCCAGAGGUAGGAGCCAUCCACGUUGCAGUGGGGGUGAACGUUGUCUGGGCCAUCACCAAGGACAACAAGGUGUGGUUCAGGCGAGGGGUGAACUCCCACAACCCCUGUGGCUCUGGCUGGAUCGGCAUGGUGGGGGAAAUGGUCAUGAUCAACGUGGGCCUCAACGACCAGGUGUGGGCUAUUGGCUGUGAGGACCGGGCAGUGUACUACCGUCAGGGUGUGACCGCCAGUGAACUGAGCGGAAAGGCCUGGAAGGCCGUGAACGUCCCCCGAGAUGGAGACCGCUCCCACUCCAGCGCUAGUGCAUCCAGCCUGCACAGUGCUGGCUGUUUCUUCAGUGGAGAGGUGCGGGCUCAGUCGAUGAUGAGCGAUGCUGACUCCGACUCAGAAAGGGGGGUCACCGAGGUCGGUGGCUGCAUCGUCACCUGCCCAAGCCCAGAGCCCCUCUCCCCUCCCCUUGACCCUCCCUUAGACGCCCCCAAGCCCCGCAUCCCCAAAGUAACCAGCGACAGCUUCAUCUCUGAGUUGGUUUCGGACCGCGAGGUCAAGAGGGAAGGGGCCUCGGCCGGCCCGGCCAUCCUUGAGGAGGAGCUUGUUCCUGGGGAGAGCGAAGCCGGCUUCCCCCCUGCCCUGGUGCUCUCCCCCAGCCAGUCCAGAGGCCCUAUGGACCCUCAGUGGAGCAACGUGGACCUGGAGGAGGCUCAGAGCCACCUGACUGUGGGCACCAGGGGUUGUGGGGGUGACGGGGCAGAGACCUGCAGCCUCUCCUCGGUGGCUACCUACAGCCUGGCUCUGGAGGAGCCUUAUGGGGCGGACGAGCACCCUCUCUGGGCCUGGGUCAGUGGAGGAGGCUGCUCUGUGGAUGGGCAUUCCCAGCCUCACUGGUUCAACUCCUCCACUACGCUGGCUGCGUCGGUCCAGGCUAUGAGUUUGUCCAUCAGCCCGGCCCAGACGGCCGCCUGGAGGAAACAGAUCUUCGAGCAGCUUAGCGAGAGGUCCAAGAGGGAGAUGGACAACUUCCAACAUUAUGAACAGGCCAUUGAGCAGUCUGUGUGGGUGAAGAAGGGCACCAUGCAGUGGUGGCGGGACUGGAAGCCUUACAAGUGGGUGGACGUCAGGUUCGCCCUGGAGCAGUUCUCCGGGCCCGAGGGCAACAAGGACGGCAUCCUUUUCAUCUACUACAACUUCAACGAGGAGAAGAAGUACCUCCACGCGUUUAUCAACGAGGUGACGAUCCUGGUGCCAGUGCUGAACGAUGCCAAGCACACCUUUGCCAUCUACACAGCAGAGAGGACCAAGCAGCGCUGGCCCAUCAGACUGGCAGCCACCACCGAGCUGGAGAUGCAUGACUGGUUGGCCCUGCUAAGUGUGUCCUGCUGUGACUCCCGGGGACUCCAGGGCCCCCCCUCCCACCAGGCCAUCUGGUCAGUCACUUGUAAAGGGGACAUCUUUGUGAGCGAGCCCUCUGCUGGCCUGGAGGCCUCUCCAUACCCCACACCCUGCGACCAGAUGUUCUGGCGACAGGUGGGCGGUCAUCUGCGAUUGGUGGAGGGGAAUAGCCUGGGCGUGGUCUGGGGUGUGGGCUACGACCAUACAGCCUGGGUCUACACUGGCGGUUAUGGAGGGGGCAUCUUUCAGGGUCUGCCCAGCAGCACAGAUAACAUCUACACACAGACAGAUGUGAAGAGUGUUUACAUCUAUGAGAAUCAGAGGUGGAACCCUGUUACUGGAUACACCAACAGGGGGUUGCCGACAGAUCGCUACAUGUGGAGCGAUGCGUCAGGACUGCAGGAGUGCACCAAGGCUAACACCAAGCCCCCCUCCCCACCCUGGUCAUGGGUGGCAGAUUGGGCCAUCGACUACAGUGUCUCAGGAGGGACAGAUAAAGAGGGCUGGCAAUAUGCUGCUGAUUUCCCAACUUCAUACCAUGGCCACAAGACCUUGAAGGACUUUGUUCGUCGCAGGCGGUGGGCCAGGAAGUGUAAGCUGACCACCACAGGGCCCUGGCAGGAAGUCCCUCCCAUCCCGCUGAGUGACGUGAGCUUGAUCCCGUGCUGUGGCAGCAGCGGCCUGGAGCAGGUGCCCCUCUGGGCCAUCAGCAACAAGGGGGACGUGCUCUGUAGGCUGGGGGUCACCACACUCACGCCUGCUGGGUCGUCAUGGUUACACGUUGGCACGGACCAGCCCUUCAAGUCCAUCUCUAUUGGUGGAGCCCACCAGGUGUGGGCCAUUGGCAGAGAGGGCUCCACAUUCUACCGGGGAUCUGUAUCCGUGCAGAACCCUGCAGGUGAAUGCUGGUACCACAUCCCCUCUCCAGCCAAGCAGAAGCUGAAGCAGGUGUCUGUAGGAAGGACCUCGGUCUACACCGUGGAUGAGAACGGUAACCUGUGGUACAGACAAGGCGUGACCCCCAGCUAUCCCCAGGGGUCGUCAUGGGAACACAUCUCCAACAACGUCCGCAAGGUCUCUGUGGGCCCCCUGGACCAGGUGUGGAUCAUAGCUGACAAGGUGCAGGGCAGCCACAGCCUGAGCUGUGGGACGGCGUGUCAUCGUCUUGGGGUCCAGCCGACAGAGCCCAAGGGCCAGUCCUGGGACUAUGGGAUCGGGGGAGGCUGGGACCACAUCACAGUGAGGGCGAACGCCAUGGAGCCCCCCCGCAUCCGCAUGCCCUCCCUGACGGACCCCGCCCUGCCUGCCCCCCGCGGCCCCCUCUCCCUCUGCAGCCUGGGAGAGGUCAACGGGAACGCCUUGGGCUUUUAGAUGCCGCCUGCCCACGCACUCCACAUCCACACGCACACAUAUUUCCUCCUCACUUAGCUGUCUGGUCAUUUUUACAGUGUUGCAUUAUUUUGAAUGUUAUUUAUUUAGACAUACUUCUGUCUGUGUCCUCAUGUAUAGAGCAGUGUGUGGAUGUUCACCUGUAGAUAUUUAUUGGAAUUUGAUGUUGGUAAGAGGUUCCGGUUAAAAAGGAGUACAAAAAAACAACAACAAAAACUAUACCUGCCUGUCUGUGGUACUGCCUGCUGUUUUAGUGGAAGAUGAGGAGGAGAGGAGAAGUAAGGAGUUACAGAAUAAGAUCUCAUUAUGCUUUUAUAUGACAAUCUCACCCCUGUCACUAAAUAUAUUCUGUAUAAAAAAAGGCUAAAUAUUUCCAUGAAGAAUGUGCAAUGUUUCUGUGGUCUGGGAGUGAGGCCAAGCAUGAACUGCUGUAGGUACCGUGCCAUGUGCUUGGUUUUGUAACAAUGAAAUGAAUCUAUUACUUUCAAAGGGAAAUUCCAAGUUACUUUUACUAAUCUUUUCUGUAUAUUCGGUCUCUUCUGUGGUGGUUAUAGUGUUGUACCUGAAGAGACAGAAGCACAGAAAGGCUGUUUUAGAUCAAAGGGAAUUCUUGUUUUGUUAUGGUUGUGUACAUUAGUAUUAUGUGUUUCCAUCGUGCUAUCUUAAGAAUGGGUACUGUCUGUGUGUAUUGCAAUGGGUGAACACAUCAACACAUGCUUUUCAUUCCAACCACUUAGAGACUGCCGCACACAAUCCUUUGACAUAGCGUGCCUCGGGGCAUUAAAAGUGUGACUGCUGAUGAAUGACUUGAAAGAGGCAUUAACCUACUGAACACUUACAUGUGUGCUGAAUACUGAAUCAUUUGUAAAAUGUCCAUAUGAGGCUCCUAAUGUGUCAGAGAUGGCACUUUAUGAUGAUGUCACUUGGACCGUACCAGUGAGUGAGGUGAUCAAGCAGGGACAUGUUUGUCAUGCUACUGUAUAUGGUUCCAUUCAGAGCUAACAUUGUGCGUGUACUGUGUGUGUCUGUAAAUAGUGUGGAAAACUUCAAGCUACAUAGCAUUCCAUUAUUUGUAUUAUUCAUAAUGUAAACUAGAGAGAUACAUCUAAUAACUGGUACUGUACUGUGUCAACCAGUUCCAUCUAUUAAGGAUACUUCCCACAAUGUGCAUGGUCAACCUCUUAUCAAUAAAUGUGAUUAUUGAUUAUUGA